AUGGCUACAACUAAAAAACCGUUGCGUCGCUCGAGCAAAAAGGAAAAUACUAAAGACUUGAAGGAAGCCGAAUCGGGUACACCCUUGCGUACGAUGGAGAGCAUUGUCGAUUCGAAUCAUAUAUUUUUCUCACAAGAUGAUUUCGAAAGCUGGUAUGAAGAAUUAUGGUCCGCCUCGGAAACAAAGCAAAAAUCUGUAAUGCAGUUGUCACGCACCUCUCUACUCAUACUGGACUAUUUUCAAUUCAAAGCUGCGCGUACAAUUCAAAAACACCUUCGACGCUGGUAUUAUCAACGCAUCUAUCAGCGUAAACGCAGCGCCGUCAUACGCAUACAAUAUGAAUGGCGUAAAUUCUACAAAGAACGCACGAUCUAUCUUAAACUGGAACAAGAAACCCAAGAGGCAGCAGAGAAGUUCUACUUUCGACAAGCGCAAAAGAUACAAGCACUCUGGCGCGGUUGGUAUACACGUCAGUACGUACACGAUCACAAUCAGCUGCUGAAGUCGCAAGUGCUUACCGCAGAGGAUCUCUUGCAAUGCGUCGCUUUCAAGUUGCAUCAUAUGUUGCGCACCUAUCAAAUACCGGGUGUCUACUCAUUGAGGAAUUCACACUGCCUAUCCAAAGUCGAGAAACUACUCGCCGCCAUGUCUUUUAAACAACACAACAUUUACGUACGUCAAUUGCGCACUUAUCUGGACAAACGCACCAACAAUGCGCGCAAAAAGUUCAAAGACUCUGCUUAUAGUACAGUUGUACCAUAUGCUGGUCCAAAUAUUCACGGGCACUGUGAACCGAAAUCUACUGCCGUUUUUAAGGCUAAAGAUAUGGAUCGUCGCAUGUAUGAGAUAUUGAAUAUGUAUGAAGAAGCAGCCAAAGCAGACGUUCAAAAACAUCGUAAGCAUAGGGAUUCAAGGCAUAUAGAGAAAAGAGAGUCUCCUCGUUCGAAAUCAACAGACAAAUCAAAGCCUGGACAACGUAAACAAAAGCAACCAGAAAAUAAAACCGACUUUUGUGAGGAUAUUGUGAAUAGCAUGAAACGUUGGAGCAUAUUGAAAGACAACAAUGUCACAGUAGAUCCAAAUAUAUUUCGACGUCCAGAUAAGUUGGAAAAUUUUCUACGCGAAAUCGAAUCGAUUCACAGUUUGAUGCAAGACCGUUGUCAUUGCCGCAUUAAAAGUCCAGAAGAGCUAUGCCGCUGAAGUUUAACCAAAAAAAAAAAAAAAAAAAAACAAUCACAACUGCAAAGUAGCAAAGGGCGGGCAAGAAAUUGGAAAUGCAAGCAUACUGCAAGAAACAAAGCAAUGGAAUUGCAGAGUUUUCUAACAAAUUGGAAAUUUAUAGCCAACUCAACUCAACACAACUCGGACAAAAUGAAAUUCAAUACACGUCAGGCGCUAUGUUCGCCUGUCACUUGCAAUGCUUGUCAGUGUUAUUCAUCUUCAACUUCACCGACUGCCCUGCACAAUGUAGUACAGUUAAUAAAACGUUCAUUUUUCAUCUUGUUGCUGGCGUACGCAAAACGGCCGGAAUCGCAAUGUUUAGCGCAGCCAUUUUUGUCUUGCACCAAUAGAUGUUACGCAGACUUAUUUCACACGUCAAUUGUGUGACUUUGAUUUUUUCUGCAAUUCUCUUUUCUUUUGCAUUCAUAUUUUUUCAUAUCUCCUUGCUAUAGGCACCUUCGAAAAAAAUCUUAAAUGGAAAAUUGAAUGUCAAUUCACGUCAAUUGGAUACCCAGCAAUAUUUGGUUAUCAAAAUGAACAGCGUGGAAUCUGAAGAAAAACUAAAACUUAUAAGUAAACAGAAAGCGCUUUAGACACAGAGGGUAAAAUCUAAGUAUCUACAUUAGGGUGCCUCGCCAAAAAAAUAUUCCUGGGUUUUCCACCGAAAUUAUAAAAUGUAUUAUAUUUUAAAACGUUCGCCAAAAUAUUUCGAUUUGAAAAGACCUACAAAAAUCGAGUUUUCUAAAUAAAAUUAUCUAGUUUCCGAAAAUAGUAUUUCCAAAAAAUCUCCUCAGAUGAUAAAAGAGUUUAAACUUAAGACGUUUUUUUUCUGAAAUAUUUUGGCGAAAUUCUUAAAAUAUAAUAUGUUGUAUAAUUCCGAUAGAAAAACGGUAGCACUUUUUUGUAUGUCUAGUGACGCACCCCAAUGUACAUAAAUAUAUACAUUAUUUAAGGCAUCACCUAGUCUGCAAAAGCUGUAGGUGGUUUGCAACUCUUAGGUGGAGGUUUAGAACAAUACCUUUGUAGGUAACUUGCCUUACUUUAUCUCAGUCGUUCCUCUUUUAAUUUGAAUCAGAAUAAAGGAGAGGGUCACCAAGUUUAAAGGACAGUCGCCCAAGUACUUUCGAAAUUCCACAGAUAAAUAAAGUCAGGACUAAGAGCUCCUCGGGGCUAUUCAGAAAGUGCGAGCCGAGAUGUUAAUACCUCAAACCGCCAAAGGCUGUUUAUAUGUAUACAUAUUUAAGUGAAGGUCUUGGGAUGAUUCUACCUAAUUAUGGUUGCACCAAGUGGGUCAGGUGGGCUCUUUAGUCUCACCAAGUGACUGUUCACUCAGUCAAAACCUAUCAAAGAGUAGGAAGCUUUGUUAGACUUUGAAGCUGACUUUAGUGUGUGCGGUCCACUUUGUAUCAGAAAAAUCUUUGGUGUCUUUGGUUUUCGCUCAGCGCUCAUUGAGCUGACGUGAGACCCAAGAGUAGUCCGCGGCUAGUCAAAGGUACUUCCAUCUCUUUGUCGCCCGAUGAAACCAUCUCCAGGUUAACCUUUCUAACCGACUCAUCCAGUAUGCAGUUGCCUGAUAUAUAACUGUGGACUGGCAUUAAUAAGCGUAAGUCUGACUAGGAAAUAUACUGCUGGAAGCGAAAAAGAAGUUAGGUAUUUCAAGUAACAGUCAUCUUUGUGUGAAACAUAAGCCUGAAGGAAAUUUCGCGACAGGAAAUUCCUCCACCAACGAUUCCAUUUAGCUUCACCUCAUCCUUGUAAAAGUCUUUCGCCUUAUAACUCUUGCCCAACAUUCACUCAACCUUAUAUGGUGCACUAGAAUCAGUAUAUUGUUUAGGGCAUUUUGAGCUUAUAGUUCUUACCUAAGAUUUCCCUGUUUUAUCUGCUAACUUAGAACCCACCACCCAAACUUCGGUCCCUUAUUUUACUGCACAGCUCACAGAUAACUUGUGGUCGUAAUGGUAAGCUCCCCUGUAUGAGAACUAUCCUAGUAGUGUUGGCCUUGUCGAAGUCUUCCUACACCGUAUGUCACUUCACGUUACUAGAUGAGGCCUCCGCUUAACCGCAGAUACUCGAGCGGUUCUGAGUGAUCCAGAUUAAAUAAUGAAAUACAGAAAACCUUAACAGGAGGAUACCACAAUCUGGCGUCUUCUCCGGUCGUUUCUAAGCUACACUUGUCACAGCGCUGCACUCCAAACAGCUACGAGAUGUCUUCUGAUAUCGCUAGGAUGUGAUCCAUAUAACGGGGCUCAGAUGCUUAUAGUAAGGGGACAUAAAAUGCGACAGUUCUCGGUCUGCUGCGAGAUCCUGAACUUCAUAAAACUACCACUAAAACCGGCGAUCUACAUGGAGGCAAUUAACCGGCAUUCACAGAGACUAUCACCCCCUUCACCAACUACCGCCCUGUGAAAGCUAUCAUCGGAGUUCAACCAUAACUUAGUGCGCGGCGUUCAAAGUGAAUUCAUUUCAUCAGUGUCAUCUUGAAAGGACUGCCUUUUAUUACGUCUUGUGAACUGGCUACGAUGCACCAACGUACGGUCCGAUCUCAUUCCUAUAAUCCUUGGGUUGGCGCAUACUUUUUGUAUAAUCGCCUCUGUGGGAUUGCUGCGAUAAACUUCUGUGAUAACAGGGCAUUGUGUUCUUUGUUGGCAGCAUCUGGAUGCCAGC